UCAAGCCGCCGUAGCAGUGAUAAACAUUGACAAGCAGCUGUUCCUUCAGUAUUAUGUUUCAGAGCUACCACGUGUAAGACUUUACUGCAUGUAGCGUAACAAAGCGUUGGAGAAGAAACCAACUCGUGUCACCAGUAGCCAAAUGGAACCUGUCAUAAAAAUAAAUCCCGGAGCGUCGAAAUGGGACAUUCGUCAAAAAGUUUGGGAUUACAUUGAGGAAAACAAUCUGGCCAACUUUCCAAGGCCUGUUCAUAACAGAAUCCCCAAUUUCAAGGGUGCAAUUCAAGCGUGCAACAGACUUGCAGAGCUGCAGGAGUUCAAGUCCAGCCAGACAGUCAAAGUAAACCCAGACAAACCCCAGCAGCAGGCACGCAUUGUCACACUGGAAGCUCGGAAAACUUUAUUGGUUCCAACUCCUCGUCUCCGCACUGGUCUCUUCAAUAAGAUUACUCCUCCCCAAGGGGCCAGCAAAGAACAGCUACGUGUAUGCUCUUCUUCUCAGGGUGUGAAGGACUUCAGUGUGCCUGUUUCCCUGGAUGCAAAAGUGAAGGUAGACCUGGUGGUGGUUGGCUCUGUGGCGGUGUCAGAGAAAGGCUUUCGGAUUGGAAAAGGAGAGGGCUUUGCUGAUAUGGAGUAUGGCAUGAUGGCUUGUAUGGGUGCUGUGAAUGAGUCCACUGUGGUUGUUACUGUCGUCCAUGACUGUCAGAUAGUGGACAUUCCAGAGGAGCUAAUGGGAACUCAUGAUCUGACUGUAGACUACAUCCUCACCCCCACCACAGUUAUUAAAACAAACUGCCAGUUACCUAAGCCGCACGGAAUCAUCUGGACUAAGCUGGACACAGAGAAGUUGGAGAAGAUCCCUAUCCUGAAGAAGCUGCGUGCUCUGGAGGAACAGGCUGGAAAGGAUGUGACACUGGGGGCUGCGCCUGCCCCAGCUGAUCCUGAUCUGCAAACCGGUCGACCAAAACGGCAAACCCGACAGAGGCCGAGGCAAGACACACAGCAGGACGCAGAGGGAGAGUCCAGACAUGAGAAAAGAGUGGAGGCAAAACAGAGAGCCAGGCAGCAGCAGCCAGCUAGAGUGAGGAAGGAAAGCCGAGGAGAAGGUAGAGGACUUAACGAGGGAGAAAUCAGCAAGACGUUUAAGGGGAGGGGUAGAGGGAGCAUGAGAGAGCAAGGCCCAGAGGAAGGUGGACGUGAGGUGACAUCUCAGCGUAAGCUCCCACUGAGUGUGACCACAGUUUACCUGGGGGGGAUCCCGGCCGGGCUGCGCGUUAGUGAGCUGAAAACCGCCCUUAGAGAGAGGGAGGCUGCUCCACUGAGGCUCACCUGGCAGGGAGCUCAACACAGGGCCUUCCUGGACUACAGUGACCCUCAGGCUGCAGAUCAGGCCCUGGAGGCUCUGCAGGGUCUCUGUCUCAACGGUCACGACCUGCAGGCUGAACUGGCCAAGAGCCAGCGGGGAGGCAAGAGGUCUGGACAGUCCAGCAGGAGACCAAGACCAUCAGCGGCUCCGAAGGCUAAGGCCGAACCACUGGAUACGAAGAGCGACACUGCUGAUAAGACUGAGCAGUAAAAGCAAUAGUAAAUACAUGCCACCAACUUUGAAUACAUAAGGUUUGAGUUUGUUUUAUGACAUGGAUUCAAUAGAGAUAGAGGAGCACUUCAGUUACAGGAAACUGAUAAAAUUUACUUUACAACAUGAGAAAAUAAUUUCAUUUCAUUUCAUCACAGCAUUGUAAAGCAUUUUCCUACUAAGGUAUUGUAUAUACCAUUAGGUGAAACGUACACGUACUAUAUGUGCCUUGAUUUAUUCACACACCACGGCCUGGUCCGUGUGUCCCGAUGGCCUUUAUCUUUUCAAGGUGCUUUUUUUUGAAGGAUUCUUAUAACUGACUACAGUUGUUUUCUUUUUAAGCCAUAGGCAGUAUAUAGUUGCGAGAGCCAAUUUCGGCCUCUUGUUUUUAUUUAAUUUACAGAGGCCUUGGUUCAGAGAAUUGAGUGGUUAGAUUUUGUUUUAGAGGGCGCCACCAUCUGGUGAGUAGCACAACUUGUACUGUCUCAAGAAUUUACAGAUCUCUCUUUUUAUUUUCUUGGUCCAACAUGUGAGUUUCUACAUGACCACACAGAUGUUCUGCCAUUUCAAAUAUUUUUUGGAAGACGUUUUUAGAGCCACUCCUACAGGUUUUAUCCACUCCUUUUAUUUUUAAAUCCCAUUACCGAGAUGUGUUAUGACUGAGGCUAUGUGGCCAUUUAAUAUAAAAUGUCAUAAAUCUAGGAAAUAGUGUACAGGUUUCAGCCUAACUCACUGGCAAUGUUCAAGCCAUUUUGAUUACAGACAACACAAAUUUAAUGAGUUUAAACAGGCGUAAUUUAGUCGUGUUUACUUUAACUCGCACCAUUCAUCCUUGUACACAGCCAAGCACUUGCCUGUCCUCAAAAAACAUCAUUUUCUAUCAGUAUUUCAUUGAAAUGCGGUUUACGAACUUUUAAAGCUAUUUUCUUGAAGUAGAAUGGUUUGUACAGCCUUAAGCUAAACUCUGUUCCUGAGUAUUUUUAUUUGCGUUGGAAGAGUGAUGUUACCUUUUUUGAGUACGAUGUCAAGCUCACUAUUAAGAGUUGUAUCACGUUCAUUAGUAACCAUACUAAAGCAUGUUACUGUA